AUGCCCCGCUCUCAUGGCUACCUGAAGUGGGUAGUCAGCGCUGGGUCAUGUUGUUUUCGUGAAUUUUGGCGGUUCAGUUAACAUCUACCUUCACAUGAGGUUAGUUGUUCAGAAUGACAUCAAGUUAAGCAAGACUGAUUUAAAGUGAAAGAAUCGUAAACGAAUAGGGGAGCUGCACUUCUGCACACCUUUGAGCAGCAGUAUGAUGCAGGCAGGAGUCUGUCUGAGACAGGACACUGAGACAGCACUACCAGAGCUGACUGAGCAGCACAGGAUCAGACAGAAAGAAGAGAAACUCAGUGGACUGGAGUCUAUCCACAUGGCAGAAUCAAAGACAGAGUGUGCUGCACCAGGACUCAACACACUGGAGUCAGUGUGUGUUACAACACGCAGUGUGGUCAGUAAUGUACACCAUACAUACACAUCACUGAUAAAAACAGAAACUGAUCUGGGCUCCCCCCACACUGGGGGUCUUAUUAAGACUGAGACCCUAGACAUUGCAGAGCUGCUAUGUAUAAGCCAUCUGCAUUCGGACAAGAUUAAAACAGAGUCUGUUGAUGGUGGAUAUGUUAAGGUAGAACACAUCAGUGAAUUACAGGACAUUAAAUAUGUUCAUUUUAAAUCAGAUCAAAUGAAGUAUGAAUCCAGUGAAUGUUUGGUGAGUGACAUCAUGAAUACUGUGAUGAAUGGAGCUGCUGUUGGUCACAAAGACCAGACUGAAUCAGGGCAAUGUGCAGGAGAGCCAAACCAAGACUGUAAAAAUGAAGAAAUUCAUCAUCUGCUGACCCAAUGUGGGGAUUUAGAUCAUAACUGUGACAUAAACAAUGAGAAUACUCAGCCCAGAAUUGUCCGACAGAAAAGCACAAACAGUCAUAUUGAUAUCCAGGGAACAAAUGUGAUAAAUAAACCAAUGAUAAUUAAUUCAAGUAAAAACCCAAGCCUAUUGACUUUUUUUCAUAAGACGACAAUUCAGAGAAAUCAAAGAAAAGUUAAUAUGAGUGAAAAGCGGUACAGGUGUACACGGUGUGAAAAGUGUUUUUCACAGAAAAGUACUUUAAAUUCCCACAUAAGGAUUCAUACAGGUGAAAAGCCCUACAAAUGUACUGAGUGUGAAAAGUGUUUUUCACAGAAAAGUACUUUAAAUUCCCACGUGAGGAGGAUUCAUACAGGUGAAAAGCCGUACAAAUGUACACAGUGUGAGAAGGGUUUUCAUUCCAAAUCUGAUUUAAAUAGACACAUGAGAAAUCAUACAGGUGAAAAACCCUACAAAUGUACUGAGUGUGGGAAGGGUUUUUCCCGAAUGUUUAAUUUAAAUCGUCACCAGAGUAUUCAUACAGCACCCAUGAUUAACUCAAGAAAACAUCCAGACCAAUUGAGUUUCUUUCAAAAAAAGACUAUUCGCAGAAGUAAAAGUGAAAUGAAUACCAGUGAAAAGCCAUACAGGUGUACACAGUGUGAGAAGUGUUUUUCACAAAAAAGUGACUUAAAAAUCCACAUAAUGAUUCAUACAGGUGAAAAACCCUACAAAUGUACUGAGUGUGGGAAGUGUUUUUCCCGAAUUACUGUUUUAAAUUACCACAAGAUGAUUCAUUCAGAUCAAAAGCCAUACAAAUGUACUCAGUGUGGGAAGUGUUUUAUACAGAAAAAAGCUUUAAAUCGACACAAGAUAAUUCAUACAGGUGAAAAGCCAUACAGGUGUGCACGGUGUGAGAAGUGUUUUUCACAGAAAAGUGACUUAAAUAUCCACAUAAUGAUUCAUACAGGUGAUAAACCCUACGAAUGUACUGAGUGUGGGAAGUGUUUUUCCCGAAUUACUGUUUUAAAUUACCACAAGAUGAUUCAUUCAGGUCAAAAACCAUACAAAUGUACUCAGUGUGGGAAGUGUUUUAUACUGAAAAAAGCUUUAAAUCGGCACAAGGUGAUUCAUACAGUUGAAAAACGCUACAGAUGUACACAGUGUGAUAAGUGUUUUAAUUCCAAACCUCUUUUAAAUACACAUAUGAGAAUUCAUUCAGGUGAAAAGCCCUACAAAUGUAUUCAGUGUGACAAGUGUUUCUAUGCUAAAUCUAAUUUAAAUACACAUAUGAGAAUUCAUACAGAUGAAAAGCCCUACAAAUGUACCAAGUGUUGGAAGGGUUUUUUCCGAAUAUUUAAUUUAAAUCGCCACCUGAGUAUUCAUACGGCAGCCAUGAAAAUGAAUUCAAGUGAAAGCCUAAUGAAUUUCUUUCAAAAGAACACAAUUCAACAAAACAGAAGUGAAAUUAAUACAGGUGAAAAGCCGUACAAAUGUACUCAGUGUGGGAAGUCUUUUUCUCGGAAAAGUGCUUUAAAUAGCCACAAGAGUAUUCAUUUAGGUCAAAAGACCUACAAUUAG